GAAGCCAUGAAUCGUGAAAACAAUAGGAAGCUAUUUGGUUCCAAGAUUGUGGUGGAGUUUGUCAGAAGCAAGGAAAGAGGUGGCCCAAUAAGUGCUGCAGGGGAUGAAUGUUUCAAGUGUGGAAGACUAGGUCACUGGAGAAGCAGCUGCACAGAGUCAAGAGGUUCUCCACCACGUGGUUCAGGCAGAUAUGGAAGAUCACCACCUCCAUUCUCAAGGCGACCUCCACCAAGUGGCCGAUUUAGAUCCCGUUCAAGAUCACCAAGGCGAUUUCCUGAGCCACCACCUAGACGGCGCAGRUCAAUAAGCCCCCCAAGRCGACCACGUGGACCUCCUCCUGCCAGUCGCAGUAGGGACCGUUAUCGACGAUAGAUCUCUCCGUAUACCGUUGUAUAAACUCCAAUGUUACCUCUAUGKGCUCUAUUAGAAACCAMUAUCAUUAGCACGCUGUAAAUCCAUGAAACAGCUAGUGCGAGGAACACAGCUGGGAGACUUUGGAGUAUUCGUCAGAUAACACAAAGGCAUACAUAGUGACACUAUACUUAACACUUUUAGUUUAAUAUUUUAUUAUAUCAAGUUUUUCCCUUAUUUGUGAGAACUAUUCCAGUAUUUCAUGUUCUUUUUAAAAAUGAUAAAAUUCAAUAUGGCUACUGUGUAAUGGAUGUAUAGCUAAAGCACAGGCAAACCAGACUGGUGUGUGUAGCUCUUAGUUUGGGUUGCCUGGGUUAAGAAAUGAAUUCAUUUCUUGUACAUCUGUCAGCCUUGUUUCCAGGUUCUCUUUUUAAACAAGCAAAGAAGCCUGGGAAUGACGUUGGUUUAUCUGUGUCGGGGUUUUCAAAGCUCAAUACUUAAGCAUUAAUCCAACGUUAACUACCUAGUAUAUAAAACAGGUUCAACUCAUAGAUGGUGGUAAGAUUUAACUCUUGGUUACAGGGUUCGUGCUAUUCCUUGAAGUCCUUGAAAAGUCCUGGAAUUGAAAACUUGUUUUCAAGGGUGCUUGAAAGACCUUGAAAAUGGGGAAAAUUGCUAAAACUCCUGGAAAACUCCUUGAAUCUGAUAAAAUUGACAUGUUGCUUCUUAGCUUUUGGAUUGAAAUUUGGCUGUUUUUGAAAAUCGCCACUUGAAAAGUCCGCAAACAUUAAAAACUACAUUCAAAAAUACUCCUUGAAAAUCACAUUUUUGUGCUUAAAAAGUACUUGAAAGUCCUAGGAUUUUUUGUGAAAAUGUAGCACGAACCCUGUAGUUAGAUUUAGCUUCAGAGUUAAGCCAGGGUUAGAGUAAAUCAAGCUUUGAACACUGCGAYACUAUAUUAGGCUCAUACAGUUUUAUCAGUAAUGUCAUUGGCAAAUUUUAUUCAGUAAAAAGGUUUACAUUACAAAUAGCAAUGAUUUUGA